AUGAUAAGAGGAGAGAACGAAGCCAUGAAUAAAUCAUCUGUCAACGAUCAGUCAUCGGCUGUUAAUAAACUUCUCACGAAAGACAAUGCCAGAUUAAAAAAAGAAAACGAUUCACUUAAAGAGCAAAUCACCAGCUAUAAGUGCGUUAUGUCCGACCUGAAUUUAAAAGUUAAGGGCUUGGAAAACGAAAAGAAUAGUUUAGUUACGGUCAUUAAAAUUAUUCAAAACGAUCAAGAACAACAACAGGCAUCAUGGAAUGUUGUCAACAACCGCACAAAGACCACGGAGGGACGAAAUACGUCAGCCCAUAAUCCUGUUGGUACAAAAAAUGUCAAAGCAAAAGAAUCCGUGCAACAAAAGAAUCAGUAUACUGCUUUAAGUAUAUCGGACGUAGACGAUAGUGAAUCAGACAGCAAUAAUGUAUCUGAUAACCGUAGCGACGACAUUACCGCGACACAAGUCCCAAAACAAGACCAACGACACGAAAGAAACCGACACUCUAAAAAAGAUUCACAGAAAGUCAAAGAAGCAAAUAUACCUAAGAACACGAAGCACAACCGCCCUACUGUUGCCAUUCUGGGUGACUCCAUGUUAAAACACUUGAAUCCAAGGAAAAUUCAACACGGAUUGGACCAUAAAGUCACGAUUAAAACUUUUCCUGGGGCCGGUGUAGACGAGAUGAUACAUUACGUUAGACCAACACUUCAGAAAAAACCAAACCAUGUUGUCUUACACGUAGGUACGAACGACCUUCAAACCAAAUCACCAGUUACAUUAAUAACGGCGAUAAGCAGACUCGGAGAAACAAUUACUCAAGAAGGAAAUGGAACUGAACUUACACUCUCGGAAGUUAUAACUAGAAAUGAUAAUGCGAAUCUUGCCGACAAGGUAAAUGUUUUUAAUAAGAAACUAGAUGAACUAUGUACUGAGCAUAACUGGGGUCUUAUUAAACAUGAUAAUAUAACUAAAAUUCAUCUCAAUAAUUAUGGACUACAUCUAAACCAAAGAGGGACAUCUACCCUAGCAGGAAACGUAAAACAAUUUUUAAAAAACCAAGUGUUUGAUUGA